AACAAUCAAUCUCAACAAAACAACAAUUUGCAACAAACUGUUUUACAAUUAAAUAAUUCUCAACAAGAAAGAUAUACUGUUGCUCAACAAUUUCUUGAAACAACAAAUAAUCAAGUUAAUAUUGAAAAGCAAAAGAAUCAAAAUAGUAGAAUUAAUCAAAGUUUUAUAACAAAGCCAAAAGAAAAUAUUACUUCUACUCAAACAAAUAAUCAACAAAAAUCGGAUUCAAUUCAAGAAGAAACCAAUACUUCUACUCAAACAAUUAAAGCAUUACAAGAACUUGAACAAUUUUUAACUGAAUGGAAAAAUAGCCCGACCCAAAAAAAAUCUUUACAAGUAAUUCAAGACCAAUUAACUUUAAAGAUUAAUGAAACUGAAAUAGUAGGAACUUCAACUGAAGAAUUUGUUAAUCAAAUUCCUACAAGUUUCGUUAACAAUGAGUUACUAUUUGAAGAAUUUAUUAAUGAUCAAACCUGGGAUAAAGUUUUAACUGAAGACCUUUUAGAUACUAACCAAGAACAAUCAUUAGACCAUGACCAAAAUAACAGA